AUGUCAUUGAAGCCUGAAUCUGCUGAUAGCGCCAUUUCAGACGAUGAUGGAGAGUUAUAUCAUGGAUUUGGAUCUCAACCGAUUUCAAGAAACCAAAUGAGAACAAAGAAACGGUGGUCAUUCCAUAACCAAACAAAACCAAACCUUGUUGAUUUGCCUAGUGAUGCAUCUGCUGUGGGAAUUCCUAGAAGGUUAAGUGAUAUAACCGGAAUCGAUGGAGUGCAUAAGCAAAUAGAUCCCUUGAAUGAACUUGGUGGCGCACAACUAUAUUCAACUGAGUCAGGAAGGUUAUUCCACGCAGGAAAAAUUAUCAUUGCACUUGCGGGAUUACCCGGAAGAGGUAAAACUCAUUUAUCGGUAUCACUUACUAGGUAUUUGCGGUGGUUGGGUGUGAAGACGCACUCUUUCCAUUUGGGUGAUUACCGUCGAGCUAGUGCAGAAGAUGAUUUAACUCAUGAUUUGUUUGUACCAACCCCAAAGAGUGAAAAGGCUCAUGCAUUGAGGGAGAAGGUGGUGAAUGAUUGUUUAAAUGAUAUCCUAAACUUUUUCAAAAAUGAUAAAGGUCAAGUAGCCAUUUAUGAUGCUGUUAAUGCUAAGCCGGAGUUUAAGUUACAACUUCACAAGAAAUUCACCGACUUGAAAGUUCAAGUGAUUUUUAUCGAGAGUUUGGUGACUAAUGAUGCUAUUGUGAUGAAGAAUAUCGAGGAGGCUGCAAGAUCGUCCCCCGACUACAAUAAUUGGAAUUAUGACAAGGCAUACAAGGAUUAUAGCGAAAGAAUUAAAGCACUUGCGCCGUACUAUCAAGAAAUGGGCUUAAAUGAAGAUGAAAAUAGCUUAUCGUAUAUUAAAUUUAUCAAUUUUGGUGAGAGAAUUGAAUUGCACAAUUCAAAUUAUGGAUACCUCAUCAAUAAAGUUGUCUUUUACUUAAUGAAUGGCAGCAUUAAGUCGGGCUCUGUGUUUCUUGCACGAUGCUAUAAGAACUCGUUGGACUAUAAUCAAGACCCGCCUUUGGAUGAAGAUGGUAUUAAUUAUGCAAGAAAUUUGACAAAUACGCUAAUUGAACAUUUGAGAAAGGAUGGUAAGAACUAUAUUGAAGCAGUGGAGAAUAAAGAUAGUAAUGAUUUACUGGAACGCAAGCACCCUCCAGAAUUGAAAAGAGAGAUAUCGGUUGAAGAACGCCAACCGGCACUUGGAGUUGAUGGUGUUAGUGAAGACUCGUUAGUGAUUUGGACCUCUGUAAAGAAAAGGACAAUGGAUAUGACAAGAUACAUCAAACAAAAGAAUAUCAAUAUCAGGCACAGAAUCCAGCUCUCGCAAAAGAACCCGGGUAUAGUGGGUUCUCUUUCGGAAGAAGAAAUUGAGAAACAGUAUCCAGAUGAGUAUGCACAAUACAUCAAGGAUCCAUACCAUUACAGAUUUUCACGUGCAGAGUCCUAUCAUGAUCUAGCAAUCAAAAUUGAACCGCUCAUUCUUGAAAUGGAACGCAUGAGCGGCGAUAUUUUAAUUAUUGCUGACGAUACUAUAUUGAAAGUAUUUUAUGGCUACUUAAUGUCGUGUUCGUGCUAUGAUAUUCCCACAUUGGAUUUCAAAACUGAUGAGAUUAUUGAGAUUAAAUUUAACGCGUAUUCAAACACGGCAAAGAAAAUUAAGAUUAAUAAUCAUUCCAGUAAGUAA